AAAAAAUUGUCGACUAGGGUUAAUAAUUUCGUUCCAUUACGGUCGAUGUUUGUGUCAUUUAAAAGGAUUUUUUGACACGUUUGUUGACGUGAUGCUUUUGCGAACGAGUCGAAUGGUUUUGUUAUCUAUCAUCCGGUUCAGGGAAGAAGAUCUGUGAUGCGUGUGAAACUAUUACGACGGAAGAAACGUGGUAAUGAGGCGGAGGAAACGGAAUUAGGAGAACGGCAGCGAUUAGAGUAGAUCGAUUACCUGUUGACGGAAACCUGGAUAUACGGACGGUUAAUACAUUUUCUGAGACUGUGUUAGUGUGAGUCCGUGUCUGGUAAUCGGGUCGGGGUUCUAUACAGUGGACCACGAAACGUCUGAUCAGGUUGGAUUAUUCUACUGGCUAGCUGUUCGAUCGAACAUUUUUCUGCGGGCGUAACCCUUUCGUGCCCACUGUUGCCAUAUGGUUAUAUAUUCGAAAUAAAAUAUUAGUAUCAUGUAUUUCGUUCAUAUCUGUGAGUAUACAGGGUGAAAAAUAUGAAAGAUAAUCGUAGUCUACAUAAUCUUGUGAACUACUAUGAAGCAGAAAAAAAGUUUUGCUAAUAAAACGACAGCCAUGUACAGCAAAAAUUCAUUAAAUUUGCAACUCCUUCAGGCGAUAUAAAAAGCUCUAUUGGAGAUAUUGACAUAAUCGUAAUUCACAAAAUACAGUAAAAAGAUGUUUCGACUCUAUGGGAAUACUAUCUGUAGAAACGGUACCAAAGAACAAGAAAAGAACAAAACGAAACAAAGGGGGUGGAGGUCCCAGUGGUUACAAUUAAUCAAAGUUCAACGAUCCAGGACACAGCGAAUAAUAGGCGGGUGGUUGUGUGGGGGUGGUUGGACGGGCUGAAGCCUGACCAUCCCCAGAAAACAACCGAAUCCAGAGAGUAGGAUGACCGGUAUCGGGGGGCGGAGGGGGAUUCGCGGAAGAAAACCAAGCGGAGCCACCACCGAAACGAGAGGAAGGGUGUUGCAGCUGGGUCGGUAGGUAUAUAACGCGUAGGUAGGGCAGAGAGAACACUGGUGCAGGUAGCGUGCACCCGCUUAUCCCUCUCUAUCUUCUGGGGUUGGUUGAUAUCGACCCACGACGGAGGGUCGGAGGGAUAGAGAGAAAGAUAGAGGGAGAAAGGGAGAGAAAGAGCGCCCAUCGGGGUGUUCGCUAUGGCGCAAGCCUGGACGGGGAACGAGGGCGCGAGAGGAGAGGCGAACGAAGGGGCGCGCGCGCGCGCUCGAGCAAGAGUGGCGGCUCCGCUUCCCUCCAAGGGAGAGUGGCAGAAACCGGCAGUAGUAACCCGGCCAGUACCCCGCUCUCGCGCGCGCGGGUGCAGUCGCGGCGUUUUCCGAAAGAAAAAAAAAAUAGAAAAAGAAAUAAAACAACCCACCGUGUAUGUGUGUGUGCGAGAGAAUAGAAGAGUGCGCGUGCUAGAUGGUAACAGGAUCGUGGUGGCGUGUAUAUGUGUUCUGUUCCUGAAGCACAUCCGUGGAACGGAACAUCGUAUAUCCCCUAGGUUGUGGGUGUGUGUACACAGAGGAACCGGUGACACAUCGCGUAUAAGCCGCCACCGAGGUUAUACUCGAGAUCGUGUGCAGGAUCAGAAAGAAGGACGAGACACCUCGGCUGUGUGGAGUAUGCACAGGGUGUCUUUUCCUUUGGAUACACGCGUGUUCUACGGUGGGAUAGGUAGUAUAUACGUGUGAAGUCUGAUAGGUUGCGAACAAUCGGGGCGGCGACCAACAACACAACGUUCGUAUACCUACUCGGAACCGAUAGGACUGGAGUACCACGGGAACCAACACCGCUGGAGGACCAAGUGUUUCCAGAGGGGUGCGGAGGCGUGUAAGAGGACAGGCCUGCUUGUUACUCAUCUGGCGAAGUCUGUCGGGAGGAAAUGUCAUCGAGACUGUGAGGAACGGAAGUACACACCACCAAUCCCGCCGCCAUGUCAAGGAGACCGGAGACCUCGAACGAGGAUUCGUACCUGAUCGCCGGCAGGCCGUCGAACCUGCUACGGACGAGCUUCACCAGCGCCCAGCUGGAGGGCCUGUAUCGUGACUCGUCCCUGCAACAGAGACGCGGCGGUUUACAAUGUUUUUUGAUCUCGGCACUGUUUUACGGUGUCCAGACGAUGGCCACACCGGGCCAGGGUCUCCACGCCCGUAGCCUGAACGCUGUGUUUCUCGGCGUGAAUCUCGGCCUGCUCGCCUGGGCCGAGCACAAUCCACGGGGUAAGGACGCGCUCUCGUGGAUCCUGGUCCCACACAUGGCCUGGUACUUGUCGAUCGCGCAACUGCUCGCUCAGCUGUGCCUGAAGACCGGGGAGGUCACGCCUAGGGACGGGCUCGGCUGGCUGUUGCUCUUGCUCUAUCUGCUCUACGCGACGUUGCCCCUACGGUUGUUCUUUUGCGCGUUGGACGCCCAGAGCACCGUGCUCACUUACAUCCUCGUCGUAAUAGUGCUGCCCAAGGGGAUCGCCCAGAUACCGAUCGACGUGCUGGUCCUGACGUUAACGUUGACGACCGGCGCGAUGUUGCUCGGCGUCUCCAGCUACUUGCUCACGGAAUUCCAGCAGCGUCGCGCGUUCCUCGAGACCAGGCAGAGCCUGGAGGUGCAGCUUGUGAUCGAGGAGCAAAGCGCCGAGCAAGAGAGGCUGUUGCUUAGUGUGCUGCCGGAACACGUGGCGGUGAAGAUGCGACAGGACCUCGGCGCCUCGUUGGACACUCAGUUCAAGAAGAUCUACAUGUCCAGACACGAGAACGUGUCCAUACUUUACGCGGACAUCGUCGGUUUCACCGCGAUCUCGUCGACGUACAGCGCCAGCGAGCUGGUCAAGAUCUUGAACGAGCUGUUCGCGAGGUUCGAUCAACUGAGCGAGAGGUACGAACAGCUACGGAUCAAGAUACUGGGCGAUUGUUAUUAUUGUAUAAGCGGGGCGCCGGUCGAAAGGCCCGACCACGCUGUUCUCUCCGUUUACAUGGGCUUGUCCAUGGUGGACGCCAUUAAGUACGUUCAACAAACAACAAAUAGUCCCGUAGACAUGAGGGUCGGUAUACACACGGGCGCCGUGCUGGCUGGUGUGCUUGGCCAAAGGCAGUGGCAGUUCGACGUGUACAGCAAGGACGUCGAGCUUGCGAACAAGAUGGAGAGCAGCGGAAUGGCGGGGAGAGUGCACAUCUCGAACGCGACGCUGAGCUUCUUGAACGGUGAGUUCGAGGUCGAGCCAGCCCACGGCGAGGACAGAGAGGAGGCGUUACAGAAGGCGGGGAUCGUGACGUACUUCAUCGUACGAGCAUUGAAACCGUUCAAGCCGGCUGUGACGAAGAGCCUGGCGUCGUUGACGGACGCGGAGACCACGAAGCGAACGAUGGAGAACGUGAGGGACGGCAGGAACAACAAGGAGGACUCGGAGGAGUUCCGGCAGAGGCUCAGGGAGGAGCUCGACAGCAAAGGUGGCGUAGCGGACCUGAAGGGCCACGCGCAUUGGCUGACUUUGAGGUUCAAGGACACGAACGUCGAGUCUGCGUUCCAUCACGCCGAGGAGGCAUUCUCGCCCCUGUCGCUUAUCGGCGGCCCAUUGGCGAUGAUCUGCGCAGCCCCGGUUUGGAGGUUCCAGCCGUGGGGUCCUUUCACAUGGGGUGGCCUCGGUGUGGUCGUGCUAUUCGGUGUGGUACUGGCGGGCGCCACCUGUUUGGGCAGCGCCGUCAAGGCUAUGUGGCUGAGAAAGGCCCUCGCCUUGCUGAUGACCUUCUCCCUCGGGGUGUUCUUGCUCCUGGACAUGAGCAAUUGCGUGGUGAUCGCGGAACCGAUACCAAUCCUGAACGCCUCGGUGACACCGUCCCCGAGGUGUCCUUAUCCAUCUUACUACUCGUACAUCGGUGUCCUGACGCUGGUGGCGAUCUCGAUGCCGACAUACAUCUGUUACCUCGGCAAGGCGACCCUGAUGUACGGGAUCGCCGGUUUCCAGUGUUUCAUCAACAUCUGGCUGCUUGGCUCCAGAUUGGACUGGGAGGAUCACGCAUCCUCGCCCCUCGAUCCGGCCGCGUUCCCGUCGAAAUACUCCCUGUCCGCAACCCUACUCAUCGUGGCCACAUCGUUGGUCAUCGUGACCAGAUACACGGAGAAGGCGAGGAGGAUGCUGUAUCUCCGUGGUCGCGAGGUGGUCGCCCAACGUGAAAGAGCGGCGGACAUGAAGCGUAGAAAUGGUGCUCUGAUCUACAACAUCCUGCCGCCCCACGUGGCCGCUUAUUUUCUCACCAGAGCGAGACAUUACGACGACCUCUACAGCCAGAGCUACGCGGAGGUCGGGGUGUUGUUCGCCAGUAUGCCGAACUUCGCUGACUUUUACAGCGAGGAGAGCAUCAACAAUCAGGGCCUCGAGUGUCUGAGGUUUCUGAACGAGGUCAUCUCCGAUUUCGACGCGAUCCUCGAUCAGAACAAGUUCCGGGACAUCAUCAAGAUAAAGACGAUAGGCUCCACUUACAUGGCCGCUUCCGGUAUAACGGACUCCGAGGAGACCGAGGACGCGCCCAGAUGGGGUCACCUCUCCACUCUGGUCGAGUUCGCGUUGGAGCUGAAGAAGGCGUUGUCCAGUUUGAACGAGCAGAGCUUCAAUCACUUCGUCUUGAAAAUGGGCAUCAACCACGGCCCGGUCACCGCCGGCGUGAUAGGCGCGAGGAAACCCCAUUACGAUAUCUGGGGCAACACCGUGAACGUCGCGUCCAGGAUGGAGAGCACCGGAAAAGUCGGCUGUAUUCAGGUGACAGACGAGACUCGUAGAAUUCUGGAGCCAUUCGGUUUCGGUUUCGAGCAACGCGGCCUCGUAUUCGUGAAGGGCAAAGGUCAGUUGUUGACUCAUUAUCUGGUGUCGAAGGACGGUGUCUCCCUGAACCUGGACAGCGAUCUGCCGGUCGAACCAACUCACCCGAUCAUCUACCAGUAGGCUACUCGCUCGAAGGCUCUAAAGGAACAUAAUAAUAAUAAAAAAAACAAACAAGAAACACACACACACGAGAACGUCAACGCGCGAAACACGAGGACUCGUUCACGAACGCCGCACGUACGAGAUGUUCGCGCCUGC